AUGGAGUUUACGCCACAGGGGAACCACAGAGAGGGGAACACAGAGAAUAGAAGAGACAUGGUGGAAGUGUAUACUGCCACUUAUUCACACAUCGACGUCUAUGAGAGCACAAUUGAUGGUAUCCAGUUGAUGCGUAGAUGUGAUGAUAAUUGGGUGAACGCUACGCAGAUCUUGAAAAUAGCUGGUUUUGGGAAAACACAACGAACUAGGUUGUUGGAGAGGGAGGUUCACAAUUUAGUCCAUCGUAAAGUCCAGGGUGGUCAUGGUAAGUUUCAGGGAACAUGGAUUCCACUUGAUUUGGCAAUCCAGUUAGCAACUCGUCAUGAGAUUCCAAGUGAAAAAUUGAAUGUCUUGUUCUACAAUCCAGAAACUGAUCCCCCACUACCGAAAAAACCACCUUCCUCGUCAACAAGAUCAGCUAAUAAUACCCCUAGUGGGAAUGAGAAAAAGCGUCUCUUGAAAAUCGAUCCUAAAACUCCCACAAAUGAUCGGAAAUUGAGCUCUCCUCAAAAGCAUAAAAAGAGUCUACUGAAUACUAGUGAAAGUCAAAUGACAUCGUUGGAUAUGCCUCCAACUUUUGGUAUGUUUGAUGGAUCCAAACGGCAUCAAUCCCAACCCCAACCUAGACAAUUACACGCAAAAUCUAAAUCAGCUUCGAAUUUACCACUUCAAAAUAGUCAAUUGAUUACACCUAAAUCAAACAACCGUUUGAUGGUAUCAUCAAACCCAAACUCCGCAAUGAAUUCCUCUUAUUACGAACCGUCGGUUCAAUAUCAUCAAAUCCAAGCCCAACGCGAGUUACAGAUGCUUCAACAACAGCAACAUGGAAAACAGCAGAUGAACCCCUCGCAAAAUUUCGAAGUAAGACAACCUGCAGCACACCCUUUAAUACCUAAAAGUGCUUCUCAUAGUAAUCACCAACCGUUCUACGAAAACCCUAAUCAUACGAUCAGCUCAAUGACAGACGAUCAAUUCCAGGGAUUUCAAAGUAUGACAGAAUCUUCAAUUUCUUCAAACUCUUUUGCUUUACAGGAUCCUCAUAAAUCAAGUCAUAAUUUACAUUUAAGAUAUCAAGAAUACUCUCAGUCUCCAAGAUAUGAUGGCUUAAAUCCCAAUGUGCAGAAUAUCUUUCAAACACCAAGACAAACGUUUAAGCACCAGCGACAUCAUUCAAGUCCACAGAUAGUACAACCUGGUAUCAAUCAGUUGAGCGUGAGCCAACCUUCCUUAAGUGCUCCUCCAAAUGUCCAAUUACAGCAGCAGAAUCAAAUACUACACCCUCAUCACGUUAAUGAUGAUCCGUUUACUGAUGAAUUUGAUGAGAACCAAGAAUACUAUACCUCUUCACUACUUGCCUUUUUUAUUAAUGAUGCUCCAGUACCAGAUUUCUUAUACAAUCCGCCCGCGGACUUUGAUAUUGAUAGGUCAAUUGAUGAUGAAGGACAUACUCCUCUACAUUGGGCUGCAGCCUUAGCAGCUGUUGAUGUGAUCCAGUUAUUAGUUCAAAAUAACGCAAAUACCUUGAGAUUAAAUAAUGCAGGCAUGAAUCCGCUGUCGAAGUUAGUACAUUUUAAUAAUUCAUACGACUGGAAAAACUUCCAUGUUAUACUACCUUGGUUGAAGAACUGCCUGGCUGUUCCCGAUUCUAACCAAAGAACCCCUCUACAUUACGUUGUCAGUUUAAGUGGUGUUCCUAACAAGGAGAAUGCCUGUCACUAUUAUUUUGAUGAAAUCAUAAAAUUCAUGUAUCAGCAACAGAGAAAAGCUGAAAAGUUCAAUAAUGAGAAUCAGAAUUCUCGUAAUUUGGUUCAGUUAUUAGUUAAUCACCCCGAUACGAACGGGGAUACCGCACUUGAUUUAGCAUUGAAGAUCAACUCUAAGGACUUUGUUACAAAGUUGCUUCAACAAGGAGCUAAUAAAAGCAAAGUGCCACUACAUGAUAUAUCCCAAGAUAUUUUGAGGGAAAGUAAUAGUUACUUUAAUACCAUAAGUAACUCUCACUAUAACUCUGCUUUGCAGGAACAACAGCAGCAACAGCAGCAACAGCAACAACAGCAGCAACAGCAGCAACAGCAGCAACAGCAACAACAGCAACAACAGCAACAACAACAGCAGCAACGACAUCAACAACAUCAACAACAACAGCAGCAACAACAGCAACAACAGCAACAACAGCAUCAACAACAACAACAACAUCAACAACAUCAACAAUAUCAACAGCAACAACAGCAACAACAGCAACAACAGCAACAACAGCAACCUCAUCAGCAGCUGCACCAUCAACUACAACAACGUCAAAUAGAUGAACAACUGAUGAUGAACUCCGUUACCAAACCCGUACAUUUCAACGGUGAACCAGAAACUAUCGAAAAAAACGAAAGCAUGUGGAAUGUUUCAAAUGUGGAAUUUACACAAAGUACAUCAAUCAUGCUGCAAGAUACCGACGAUAAAGAAAACACCUUCACUCAAAUUCCCAGUAAUGAAAUUGAACACUCCCAUUUAAAUGAGCAGGUUAACACGUCGACACCCCAAAAACCCGAUAAUAAAAAUAUUUUACCAAAGAUCAGCCCAAAAGUUGUUGUUAAAAAAGAAGCUGAUGAUGGCUCCUUAUUAGUAAUUGAACCAUCUCGAAUAUCUAUGCCUGAAAUCAAUAAUUUUGUUAAAUCGUUACCGUCUAUGGUUUUAGAAUUAAAGAACACAUUAGAUAACAAGAUUGAUCAUGUUAACUAUAAUGUUGAAACUAUAAACAAACUAGACUCUCAGAUCAAUUCCUUAUCUCAUAAGAAUGCAAAACUAUUGAAAAAAAUUUCUAAAGCUGUGAAUCAUGAUUCUUCAGUUGAUUUUACAAAAUUAUCUUCCUCGGAUAACGACGCUAUUGAGAACUUUGUCAAUUCAAAGCUUGUUCAAUUGGAAUUUUCCUUGAAUGAGAAGAGUGAAAAACUGACCAAUUACGCAGAACGAUUACAAGCUUUAGUCGUUGCUAACUUAGUCAAACACGAGGAAGAAAUCAUCAAAGAAAACUUCUCACGCGGGGCACAAUCCACCAAUGAACUUGUUGUUUCGGCUCUAAAAUUAUCCUUGCUGCAAAUAAAACGUAGAAAAAUGAUUAAUUUGAUGUUACAGUUUUUCUUGGAUUAUGAGAAUGGGGACGUACAACUCAACAAGAAUAUAGACAACUCAAUAUUUGUCGACCAGAAAGUUGACACCACCCUCAUUACAGAGUCUAAAAUUCCAAUAUUCAAGAAAUUAAUAUCGACAUUAUGCCGAUUAUCUACAUCUGAUAUAAACACAGAUUUUUUGUGCGAUAUCGAAAAAAUGCUGACAUGA